CUGAAUUUUGACGUUUAGUUAUUUUAUCAAAAAGUGUGUUGUAAACAAUAUAUUUUAAAACUAUUAAACUCUUUUUUAAUUAAGUUUAAAUAAUUAUUUAUUGAAAUGGACACAAAUAAAAAUCAAAAGAAAAUUGGUACCCUAACAGAAGAAUCCCUCAAGAGAAAAGAACGCUUAAAACAAUUAAGAAAUCUAGCAGAUCAAAACGAAAAUUCCCCAAACGAGGCUAACGAACUUCCCAAACCAAUCUUUCGUAGUUACAAACCUCAAGAUGAAAAUAUCACCGAUAUAGUUCUCGAACAAGGACCAACUGGCGAAAUUGAAAAGGAAGUCGAAUCACAAUUGGAAUUACUCAAAACUCCAAAUGUCAUCGACGAAAUUGAUAUAGCAAAUUUAGCACCACGCAAGCCAGAUUGGGAUCUUAAACGUGAUGUCGCCAAGAAGCUAGAAAAACUAGAAAGACGCACCCAGAAAGCCAUAGCCGAAUUGAUUCGAGAGAGACUCAAGAAGAACCUUGAUCUUUCACAAGUAGUUAAUGUUGGGGCAGCGAUUGAAGCUAAGCCUUCAGAUUAAAUUUAUGUAGGGGUUUGUUUACUUCUGGUUAAUCAAUUUUUAAUGCAAAUUAUUUUAUAAAGACUUUCUGUACAAAUA